ACGACGCGGUGCGGCGGGCCAUUUGGGCCCGGGGGGGAGGUGCCCGCCCAGCGCCCAGGCGACAAGGGGCGAGUCGGCUGUGCGAGCCGCUUCUAGAACGCCUAGGCGCUGAUCCCGCUUGCGUCUGGCUGCUGAGAGCGAGGGCCGGGGUACGUCAUUAUGCGGGGGAGGGCGGUGGCGGGAAUGCAUGGGCGGGCGCUCUUAUAUCAUCAUCAUCAUCAUCAUCAUCAGUGUAUGCAUAGGGAAGGGAGCUACUUACUGCUUAGUUCCUGAAGACAACUACCUAUUCUACAUAACAAACAAUCAAACACAUGCCCAAGUAUCCGCACACACACGCAGAAAUCAACGAGUACCCCGACGAUACCACCACUUCUGAUUCAUCUUCCACCGCAAACAUGACCGACAACACCGACACCAACAAGCAAGCCCAGCAAGCCCAGCAGGGCGGUGGAGGCUUCCUCUCGAACCUAGGCGGCGUCCUAGGCGGCGCGACUAACACGCUCGGCCGGGGCAUCGGCGGCGCGACGACGACGCUGGGCGACACGGUGGGCACGCUGGGCAAGGGCGUGGGCGACACGGUCGGCGGCGUCACGCAGGGCGUCGGCGACCUGACCAAGGGCGUCGGCAACACGGCCAAGAGCGGCACGGAUAAGAUUGGGGGUGCGUUUGGAGGUGGCAAUGCUGCUGGUGCUGGCGCGGGCGCGGACAAGAAGCAGUGAGUGAGAGUGAGGUUGGAUGGGGGAGGGGAGCAGCUACUACCUACUUACGGAGUACUGCUGGGUUUGUUUGCUAUCAUGAUGUUAUGAUUGUUACGAGGGCGAGAGCGGCCAGACUGACUGCUGGGUUGGCUUGGUUCACUGCUGCUGCUGCUGCCGCCUGUCUACCUACCUAUACGCCGUGGCUUCACUGCACGGGGGCUUUGCUUGUUUUCGCAGUACAAAUAACGACGAAUCAAUUCCCUGAACACUACUACUCCUACCC